AUGCAUGAGUUCAUAGAAACUCUAAUAAAAAAAGCAUUUUUUUUUUAAACAAGAAGCAAUUUUUGGUCAUCUAUCUCCAUCCUUCGCACUCUAGGAAGUGCCCGCCGCCCGCCCUUUCAUGGCUUCCAUCAACCUCGGUUGGAUUGGUGACAACUGGUUCCGUCGACCCAAUAAACCCUCUAAACCUCCCAGUUUCGCCUGCAUCAGUGGCAGAAACCUCCCUAUCCAGAAAGCAGAGAAUCAUGAAAACCCUAAUCUUACCUCCUCCUCUACUGAUGGAAUUACCGACGUUGAUACUUCCAAGAAGGACAAGCCUGGUAUGUAUUCACAGAUGCUUGAGCAAUUCCACUGGGAAUGCGAGCACCGCCCGGACUACCGGCACACUCCCGCUGUGGAGCGUAUCCUCGCUGAUGAUCCAUUCUUCGAGAAGCCAGAGAACCUGACGCCAGAGAAGAUACAAGAGAACUUGAAGUGGUGGGAGGAGUUCAAAAAGAACCCUGUGGUCAAGUUCCUUAGGCGGGCGGAGGUAAUAGCUGAUAAGAUCAACGAGAUGGAACUCAAGGAAAACGAGCAUCCUUACCGGUGGGAAGAUCGCAAGCUCUGGAAGGCUUUGCCGCAUGUGCCGGGGCCGGAUGGCCGGCCAAUGCCAAGGAAGGCUAUCAAAACGAAGAGGGAAUCCGAUGACAAGUUCUGGGAUUUUGCAAGACAGUUCUUCUUUGGAUUGUGGGGUUUCAGGCAGAGACCGUAUCCCACUAGCCGGCCAAUCGAUGUUGCUCAGGCGAUUGGGUACAAGAAUCUGGAAAGGCGCUACUAUGACUUCAUCAUGAGAAGUGGUGGCUGGUGGUAUAAGGAUCGCUUGGGACGCACCAGAGGUCCUUUGGAAUUAAUAACUCUUAAAACUGCUUGGGCUGGUGGCAUAAUUGAUACACACACCUUCAUUUGGGGUGAAGACAUGGAUGAAUGGGCACCUAUUGGGAUGGUUUAUGGCUUGGAAAAAGCUAUCGCCACAUGGGAAGUAAGGCUAGGUGCAGCUGCAACGGCUUUCCUUCACAAACUGCAAAAAGGCAUAUCCCCGUGGACUCCUCUUAAAGGUUUUGAAAAGAAGACUUAUAAGCAAUUGCAGGAAGAAGCUCUUGAGAGCAAAAGACGGGAUAUGGCUGUACUUGAGGCAAAUGGUGGCAUCUGGCCUGGAGUUAGAACUCCUAGCCAUGCACUCUUUCUUUGGGCCAGUGGCGCCGAACUCACUACAAUUCUGGAAGCGGAUCACAUGCCAAACAAAUACGUGUCCAAGGAACUAAGGAAUCGCCUUGCAAAAGUUAUUCCAGGCUUAAGGCCAUGGGAGGUUCUGAGUGUGGAACAAGCUAUGGACACAAUAACAUACAACGGGGAAUGGUAUCGUGAACCUCUAGGAUCCUAUGCAACAGGUCCUCCAUAUAUAAGAGAGUGGAACAGGGAAGUAAAGAGAAUGCUUAGAAUCUUUCGCAAGCUGAGCAUCAGAGUGUGUAACAAGCUGGAGCGUACCAUCCCUGGAUUUGAUUUGGUCAUGGAUAAAGUGCGGGCUGACACUGCUGCAAAGGAGGCUCGGAGAAAAGAAACGAGGGAAGCACGUAAAAAAGAUUUUGAAGCACGUAAGGAAGCUUUUGCUGAGGCUGCCAUGCGAAGGUCUAACACUGGUAUCUAACCUUGGUUCUAGAACUGUGCUGCUUCAUUGCUCGAGGGUUUUAAUACGGAGCUCAUCAUGAUCUACAGUCGUCAAACAUUUUUUUUUUUGUAUUCAUAAUUAGGUAAACGUGUCAUUAGAGAUUGUAUUUAAAUUUUCAUGAAUAUCUUAACAGAUAUCUGUUUUGGCUUUAUUCUUUGUAAUAUUCAUAGAGGAAUUUUUAGGUUGGUCAGCCUUAUUCU